UAUUCAUAUAGGAGAAACCACCUAGAUCCAUUAACGUCUCCAUAUGUCCCAUCGAUUGAGAAAAUUUUGAUUUUAACCACAAGCCUAUAGCUAGUGGAGCCUAUUGCUACCCUAUUUGCUAGUGGAGUCUAUUUACUGAAAGUUUUACUUUCUAAGUAAAGAUAAAAUUUGUUUUGCUAAGCUUGAUUCUACUUUGAAGAUGAAUUCAUACCAUGAGUUGGAAGGAAUGCUGAAAAACAAGAAAAAGAAGAAUAAAGAACAUGAAGCUGAGAAGAGUAAGAAGAAAUCCCAGAUGGUAUGCUUAUCGUGCGAGUCUUCCGCAUCAUCUUUCGACACUCCACCAACUGAACCUAAAUUCGAUGUGGAUCUAUCAGAAGAUGGUAUUUUUUCUUCUUCUAUGCCCGAGUUAUCCGUUCAUCUUGGCCGUGGUUACAUCUUAACAAUGAAAGAAUAUCAGAAUAGUAAAUACAUGUGCUUUUCAAGAGAAAUCAACGGUCGUAUAACUAACAGAUUCAAUUUACCAGCUAGCUUGAAGGAUAACCUAAAAGAAGCCAUAAAAUUAGCGGCAGACCAUGCAUCAAAGUAAAGCUGAGAUACAAGUGUUUCAAACUAUCAUAUUCUAAA